UAUAAGGUGUCAACGGCGACACUUCUUAUUAUAAAAUUAAAGUAAGGAUAUGUCAAAACACAUAUAUAAGAAAUAUAUAUAAAGACACUGAAAUGUCAAACGUUAUUAAUAAAUUAACCCCGGCUGACACCUUGUUAAAAUCUACUUCAACAAUCUGUUGUGAAAACAAACACUACUCUACGGAACAAAUUUUGCACAUUUUCCUAAAAAUUUCAAUUUUUUUAAGUUAAAUAUUAAGUUAAUCUGUUAAAAAUGACAGCCGUUCCACCACCUACAAAUGUUUCCACCUUGUUGCCCCUUGAAUUAGUGGACAAAUGCAUUGGUUCUCGCAUACACAUUAUUAUGAAGAAUGAUAAAGAAAUGGUUGGAACAUUACUGGGAUUUGAUGAUUUCGUUAAUAUGCUGCUGGACGAUGUGACUGAAUAUGAAAAUACGCCUGAAGGAAGACGUAUAACAAAGUUAGACCAAAUUCUUUUGAAUGGCAACAAUAUAACUAUGUUGGUGCCUGGUGGUGAUAUACCGGAGUAGUGUUUUCCCGCGUGCUGAAAUAAUAUAUUUUUUUACUUCAUUAAAUUAAGAAACCCCAUAAAUGAUUUGUUUCUGUUUUCGAACAAUCGACUUUUUGUCGAAAAAGUCGACUAUCUUGUAUCUUUCUAAAUAAAAUUUGAAACGGCGAUAAUGUCAAUAAAAAUCUGA